AUGCCACCGAUCGCGCACCGAGGGGCCGUCGACCUGUGGGCGGUGACGAGCGAUCCGGAGCCGUGGCGCGCGGCGCUGCGGUCGUACGCGCGGCGCGUGGAGGGACUGAACAGAGGGGAGGCGUUGACGCGAUUGAAUGAAAAGAUUCAAACCACGCUGCCGAGGGCGAUCGAGAGCCGGAGAGCGCGCGACGACGAGGGCGAGCGCGGUGGAUACAUCACGAAGGAGGAGUACGUGGACGUCGUGAGCUGGAAACUCGGGCGGGGGAAAACACGACCUGGUUUGUUGAAUUACGCAAAGGCGCUGAGCGAAGAGAGCGUGCGCGAGGCGAGCGCGCGCGCGUUCGCUCAGGCGAGCGAAAUGUCUGGAGGGGGGAGCCAAAAGAAGCUCGGGGAUGCAAUGGCGCCGUUGAUCGCACUCCGUGGGUGCGGGCCGGCCACGGCGUCGGCGGUCAUGGCGCUCGCGGAUGAACGGUUUCCGUUCUUCUCCGACGAGGCGUUGGUAGUGGUCAUCGGAAACGGUGACCGCGAUAGCGAGAGAUAUUCCCUUCCGAGGUACAAACAGUUUAUGGCGGCGUUGCAGCGUCGUUCUGACGAGCUCGGAGCGCCGGAGCUCACUCCGUCAAUGCUCGAACGGGCGCUCUGGUCCGAGGCGGCGCUCACGAUACCGAAGAAGGCUACGCUAAAGAAAUGA